AUGGCUCCCGAACAGGAUUCCCCUAGGUCCAAAGUGGAAAAGCAGCUACAGGUCAUCGCGGUGCUACAAUAUGUCCUGACCUUCCUCGUGCUGGGAGUAGCCUGCAGCAUCAUCCUCGUGUACAUGUUGUGCACCGACUGCUGGCUCAUCGCUGUGCUCUACUUCACCUGGCUGGUGUUUGACUGGAACACGCCCAAGAAAGGUGGCAGGAGGUCACAGUGGGUCCGAAAUUGGGCUGUGUGGCGCUACUUUCGAGACUACUUUCCCAUCUGGCUGGUGAAGACUCACAACCUGCUGACCCCCAGGAACUACAUCUUGGGAUACCACCCCCAUGGCAUCAUGGCUGCGGGUGCCUUCUGCAACUUCAGCACAGCGGCCACGGAAGUGAGCAAGAAGUUCCCCGGCAUAAGGCCCCACCUGGCCACGCUGGCCGGCAACUUUCGAGUGCCAGUGCUGAGGGAGUACCUGAUGUCCGGAGGCUUCUGCCCGGUGAACCGGGGCACCAUAUAUUACUUGCUUUCAAAGAACGGGAGUGGCAAUGCCAUCAUCAUCGCACUGGGGGGCGCAGCCGAGUCCCUGAGCUCCGUGCCCGGCAAGAAUGUGGUCAUCCUGCGCAACCGCAAGGGCUUUGUGAAAAUGGCCCUGCGACAUGGAGCCGACCUUGUUCCCACCUUCUCGUUCGGAGAGAAUGAGGUCUACAAGCAAGUGAUCUUUGAGGAGGGCUCCUGGGGCCGAUGGGUCCAGAACAAGUUCCAGAAGCCCAUUGGCUUCGCCCCGUGCAUCUUCCAUGGCCGAGGCCUCUUCUCCUCUGACACCUGGAGGCUGCUGCCUUACUCCAAGCCCAUCGCCACUGUCGUGGGUGAGCCCAUCACCCUUCCCAAGCUGGAGCACCCGACCCAGCGGGACGUCGACCUGUACCACGCCAUGUACAUGGAGGCCCUGGUGAAGCUCUUCGACAAGCACAAGACCAGCUUCGGCCUGCCAGAGACGGAGGUCCUGGAGGUGAACUGUGCCAGCCCUCAGCCAGGUGCCGGGAGGACCCCGCUCCACCGCAAGCUGUUUUCCGCCAAGUUCUCGAGUGCUUUUUGUUCUGUACAUUUGGAAGUGUCAUGGGUGUCUGUGGGUUCUUUAAAAUAA